GUUACUGAAAACCACAACAACAUUGCAACUGAUCCCACCUGUUUAAAGGUCUGGAUUAAAAGAGACUUUUUUGGGGGGGGUCUGCAACGGUUCAUUACUCUCUGGUCAGUAAAAUAUGGCAAAUGGAGACAAUAGAGAGGAAUUUGAACUCAGAAUGGAUGGUUUAGCCAGGAGUGAUGCCUUACAGACCUGCUCUGGUGAAGAGGGUGAAGCGACUUCAGCGGUGCCUGGAGGAAAACUCUACAGACUGGUUGCUGUGAGCUUUGGAUUCCUGUGCAUCCUACAAGCUGCUCUCAAUAUUUCUCUGCGCCUUGGUCUUUCAAAUACUGAGGCAAGAUGUAAAAACCUGACUGAAGAGAUAGACAAUCUGAAGAGGAUCAACUUUGCCAUAACUCAUAAUAUGACACAAGAAAUAGAAGCCACCCGCAAAAACCUGACCAAAGAAAAAGAUGAGCUGAAGAGGAAGCUGACUGAUUUUGAAGCCAGAUACAAAGUCCUGACUGAAGAAAGAGAUGAGCUGAAGAGGAAGCUGACUGAUUUAGUUAACCGUUUACAACAAGGAUGGGUAUAUUUCAGUGGCAGUGCCUAUUAUAUUUCUUCUAUCAAGAAAAACUGGGAAGAAAGUAGAAAUGACUGCCUGCAACGAGGUGCAGACCUGAUGAUUAUCAACAGCAAAGAAGAACAGGAUUUUGCAGAACAAGUGAAAGGUAGAAUGUGGAUUGGACUCACUGACAGAGAGACAGAGGGGACGUGGAAAUGGGUUGAUGGGACUCCACUGACAAUAAGCUUCUGGGCGAGUGGUGAGCCCAACAGCUUUGAAUCCAAAGAAGAAGACUGUGUAGAAUUGAGGUAUCACGGAACUGUAGAGAGCUGGAAUGAUAAACCAUGUGAUGAUCAAAUCCUGUGGGUCUGUGAAAAGAAAGUGCUUCCAUAACUCAGCCUCCAAACUUAUCACACGUUUUUGUAAAACUCCAGACAAUAUCAUUUUUUUCCCCAAGUGUCAGUGAAACUACAGUGUUGCCCAUAAGUCGGAAUAAAAUAUAUCUUACCUCUCUUCAUGAAAUGAUUGAGACAAUGUGAUUUAUUCUUGAUAGAUAUAGAUAUAGAUAGAUAGUACAUCUCAAAACGUUAUUGAUCAAUCUCCUCCAUUUUGAUCACUGAUUAUUAUAAAUAGGAAUAAAAAGAGGAAUGUGUCUGAAAACAAAAUUAUUCCAACUUUAUGUCCAACUGUGUACAUCCAUAC